AGAGAAGAAAGUGGCAGCAGGUAAAGCUUUAAAGAUGGCCUUUGCUACAAGAGUUUGUAUAAAAAGCAAGCCAAGCUUCCUGGCUAUAAAAUUUGAGCUUGUAACUUGAAAUAUGAAUGGCCUUAACGAAUCAGCCUUAGCCAUAGCCAUACCAGCAAGCUCUCAACCCUCCGAAAAUCAAACAUUCCCCAAUAAUAUUCAGCCAAAAAGACUUCAUGCACUACUUCGAAUAAUAUUUUUAAGGGUCAUGAAUCCAUAUUCUAGGUGUGGUCAGAUUUGGAGGAAAUUCGUCAUCUCCUUCUUUAUAUUUGCAUUUCUCUUACAAACUCUGGAACCCUUUUUGCAGUACAUGAAGCAGGAUACAAAUUGCAUAGCUGAAAUCGACAAUAGCUUUGUGGACAUAGUGCAAAUUCUGGUAGACUUGAGCAAUUUCAUUUUUAUAUUGCACGUCAUCAUUAAGUUUAAGACGGCCUAUGUCGAUCCUGAAUCUAGACUUCUAGUUUACGAUCCGAUAAAAGUAGUUUAUUAUAGAGGUGUAGACUUAUGCAUCGAUUUCCUUUUUAUAUUACCAGAUAGCCGAGAAUUGGUGCAAGACAUACUCUCUGAGAUCGAAUUGUCUGCUGAGGCAAUUGGGGUUUUUUCAUUUUUCAUGUAUCUUGCUGUGUUGUGGAGACUAUCUGUCUUUGCUGAGCCAUCUGUGGGCGCCUUCUUUGAGUCAUGGUCAUCGAAAUUUGUUGUCAAUCUUGUUGCAUUUCUUCUUUUUAGUCAUGUGGUUGGGAUGUUUUGGUAUUUCUUUGCAUCACUUAGGGUAGAACAAUGUCUUGAAGAAGCUUGUGGCGAGCCUUGGUGCUCUGAUUAUAUAUCAUGUGAGCCUGCAGAUUAUAAUCCGGACUUCAUAUUUAAUCUAACGUUAUUGAGUAAGUGGAAGAACAACAAGAAUGCUAUGGCUUGUUUUGGUCCAGACGGUUACAACUAUGGAAUUUAUGUUCAGGCUGUCGGUCUGAUGAAAAAUUCUACUAUGCCAAUGCGAUAUAUAUAUUCACUGUCUUGGGGUUUUCAGCAAAUAAGUACUCUGGAUGGAAAUCAAACUCCAUCUGUCUUUGUCGUAGAAGUUCUCUUCUCUACGUUUAUCACUGCUAUGGGUGCUUUGCUGUUUUCUUUUCUCAUUGGAAAUAUACAGAGGUUUCUCCAAGCUCAGGGAAGCAGGAGUUUUGAAAAUUCUCUAAGGGGCUCUGACAUUGAGCAAUGGAUGAGCCAUCGCCAAUUGCCAGACGAUCUUAAAUCAAAAAUCCGUGAUUCAGAACGAUAUAAUUGGCUGGCGACCAGAGGUCUGAAUGAACUGAUGCUAUUGGAGAAUCUACCAGAAGACCUUCAAAGAGAUAUACGUCGACAUCUCUUCAAAUUUGACAAAAAACUCCCCAUUGUUGCCUCAAUGGACGAGUCCAUCUUAGAUGCCAUCAGGGAAAGAAUGAAACACAACACAUAUAUUGAGGGAAGUAGAGUUUUAGUCCGUGGAGGUCUCAUGGAUAAGAUGGUUUACAUUGUUCAGGGGAAGCUUGAGAGUACUAGCGAAGGUGAGACUGUAGUUCCUUUGUCUGAGGGGGAUGUCUGCGGCGCAGAACUUAUUACAUUGUGCCUAGAGCAUUAUGUUCUGAAUAGAGAUGGAGAUAAAUUCACAAUUCCAGCAGGGAAACUGGUGAGCAAGAGGACGGUCCGAUGCUUAACAAAUGUAGAAGCAUUUACACUUAGAGCUGCAGACCUGGAGGAUGUCUUCAGUUUGUACUCUGGGCUUCUCAUACAAAAUCCUCUUGUUCAAGGUGCCAUUACCAAGGAAUCACUUUAUCCAAAGAGUCUUUUGCGCAGUAGAUCAUAUUAAACUUGCACGAAGGUGUUGGAACAACCGAAGAAGUGACCGAAAGAAAUUUACGUCGUUCUGUUCAUUUCAGACCUGCUACUGCAGCGACCUAGAAUAAUUUCUAGUGCAUCUUUAAUUAUGUAAUUUUAAUUUUUACUUGCAGUGUGUUUCCGGUGCAACUCUUUUUAUUUCUUGUAUAGGCUCUACGUAUCCACUGCUCAUCAAUCAUAGUCUUCAUAAUUUCUUUGGGA